CGGUGGUUUUCCGUCGGUGGGGGUGUUCUGGGGGCAGUUUUUUUAUUUCUGGUGAGAGAGGGUGAUGCUGUUCUCCGUUCACUGGGAAUGUAUUGACUGAGGAUCCAACGCUCAGCCUUCCAGCUGGACCCUGCUGCUGCUCUGCUCACUGCUUGGGGUUUAAACAAGGACACAAACACACCUGACGGCCGAGCUCUCCCUGGUUUCUGUUUCACAGACCCGUCUUCUGAUAAGAGCCAUGAGGGUCUUCCUCCUGCUUUGCCUGCUGGUGCUAGGUAACGCCAAACCCUACCAGCCAAUCAAUGUCAUGGACUUCAUGAAAGACUAUGACACCAUGAUGGCCGAUUCUGCCGAUGAAGACGACGACGACGACAAUGACAAGGAUGACGAUGACAAGGAUGACGAUGACAAGGAUGACGAUGAUUAUGACGAUGAGAACUGUCCGUCUGGUUGCCAAUGCUCACCCAGAGUGGUGCAGUGCUCCGACAUGGGUCAGAUCGGAGUUCCGGAGAAGAUUCCUGAAGACACCGUGAUACUCGACCUCCAAAACAACGACAUCACUGAGAUCAAGGAGAACGACUUUAAACACCUCAACAAGCUUUAUGGCCUGUUUCUGAUCAACAACAAGAUCUCCAAGAUUCACCCGAAGGCCUUCAUAAACAUGGACCAUCUCAGACUGCUGUACCUCUCCUACAACCUGCUGACUGAGAUCCCCGCAAACCUGCCUCCCUACGUCAUCGAGCUCCGCUUCCAUGAAAACAAGAUCAACAAAAUCCAGAAGGAUGCGUUUAAAGGCCUGAGGAAACUCCACGUGCUGGAGCUUGGCGCCAACCCUCUGGCCAACAGUGGGAUCGGGUUAGGAGCUUUUAACGGCUUGUCGACCCUGUACAUCGGCAUAGCAGAGGCCAAGCUAACCGCUGUACCAAAAGACCUCCCAUCCUCCAUCACAGAGCUGAGCCUGGACUACAACAAGAUCUCCAAGGUGGAAAUAGAAGACUUCAUCAGAUACAAAAACCUGCAGAGACUAGGACUUGGUUUUAACCAGAUCAAGUUUGUAGAAAAUGGCAGUUUAGCCAGCAUCCCGAGCGUCCGUGAGAUCCACCUGGACAACAACCGUCUGAAAAGGGUCCCACCGAGCCUCGGCUCCCUGCGCUACCUCCAGGUGAUUUACCUCCAUGGCAACAAAAUCAGCAGUGUGGGAGUCAACGACUUCUGUCCCAUCACCCCCAGUUACAAGAAGAACCUGUACACAGGCAUCAGUCUGUUUGCCAAUCCUGUUAAGUACUGGGACAUCCAGCCCGCCACCUUUCGCUGCGUGACCGGACGGAGGGGCGUUCAGCUCGGAAACUUCAGAAAAUAGCAGGGAGUGAAAACGAUGCGUUCCAGACGGCUCAGAUAGGAACGGGCAAUAUAUCGUUACAGCAUAGGGAAGGAGUUCAAAAUUAAUCCUGAUAGAUAAAACAAGAGUGUUCAGGAAAUUAGUAUUACGAGUAUAUCAGGAAAUAUAUUAGAAAUUGUAGUACAUAUCGUUAAAUGCUGGAUCAAUUUACACAUAAAAGGUUCUCGGCCGGGGGAAAAACAAAACAAAAGGUCUGGAUGUUGGUGCUGAGAAUGGAUUUAAAUCAUAAGCUUCAAUACUAAGAAAAUGUUUCCAGCAGAGGACGGACAUAAUAACACCAACAGCUGCACAAUAUAAUGAAAUUCAAAUAACAAGUGCCCUGCCUACCUUUGUGAGGCAUUUCUAAACAACAUUCAUUCUGUGUAAACGUUCCCAGGAUUAAAGCGCCUCCCUCUGGUCACUUAGAGACUCCACUGAGUACUUUUAACAUGCUGAUGCCUCUUUAACAAAAUAUAUCCUUUUUAAGUUCAUUUCUUUCUAGUUUAAAAAUAAAACACCUUUUACUAACAUUGAGUAAAAUCAUUUACACAUUAACAACAUAUUUCCUUGCAUAUUAUAAUUAUGCCUUCUAAGUUAAGACGUGUUAAUCGUCAUAGAAGAUUCACUAUAUGACCCUAAAAACCACUUUGACUUAAAUAGUGUGUUCCUUCCGGCAGAAGUCUGUAAAGUCAAUGAAUGACGCUGGCAUUAUUUAGUGCAAUAGGUCACUUUGAAGCCCAAUGUGUGUCUUUAUGUGGAUGUUUUAUAUUAUCUCACUGCAUGUCUGUAUUGUCUUUAUUUAGAAGCUGAAAGAUACGCGUCAGACUGGAUUAUACAUUGUCCUUGAUGUAAAACCAAAACGUCAUUUUGUUUGAAUGAACUAUAGCAACAAAGUGAACUACAGCUAUUAUUAAAAUUAUAAGCGGGUAAAGUAAUUCCCAACCGGUUCCUGUUUCCUCCAGUGCUCUCUCCUCUGAAAUGGUGCUAUAUUUAUUGAUUAUGUCUUUAAAUAAACCUGGAACCCCUCCCCAUGUAUGUUGUCUAAAUGAAAGCGGGUUUGCGCUUGUGUUGUCAUAUCCUCAAUGAAUGUGACUUAUAGGAGACAACGCUCAAAUACAAGACCGUAUCUGCAAAGAGCAAUGGGUUAGGUACGGGUUGUGAAGAUCAUACCAGAUAAAUAAGGUUGAUUACUGAAGAUAAGAAUCAUCAUCAGUCAUAUGUGGACUCUUAGAGAAGCUGCAACUAACCAUUCUGUGGAUUGAUUGUUAUAAACAACAAAUUCAUCAGUAGAAACGUCAGAAAAUAGAAUAUCUUCACGUUAUAAUAAUAUAGAAAACCAGCCUCACAUUGUAGAAGCUAAAACCAAAAUGAAUAAAGCAUGAGAUUAUGAAAGGGGGGGAGAGGGGGUGACAUGCAGCAAAGGACCUCAGCAGCCUUUGCAUGAGGGGAACCCGCUCUACCAGGUGAGCUCCCUUCAGCCCUGAUUCUACGCAUGCUUCUUCUUGAUGCUGUCGAGUACAGCUGUAACAUUUGUCCUUGAGAAUGGCCUUGUUGAGAUUACUAUGAAACAUUAUAGGUUCUGCCAGUGUCUUUUCUUUCAGGUAACAAUAUGAAGUGAUCAGUUUAGACCUGGGAACAAGUGAGUUCUCCACUCUCCCUCCUGCUGAAUGUUGUUAGUGGGACUAGUGUUCCUGGUAGGAGAUGAAGAGCAGUUCCCCGAUCCACCAGCAGAUGUCACCGCACACUCAACUGAUAAAUGUCUGGAGAUUAAUCGAGAAGAAUGAAGACACCCAGUACAUAUAUAGUUGAGAAACUGACUUCCUGGGAGACCCUUUUGCAAAAAUUUUUUUGCAAAAAGAUAUUCCGUCUUCUCUUCCACUUGAACAAAUAAAGAUACAUUU